AUGCAGCUCAGCGAACUAGGACGACCAUUCACCGGAGGCUCGUGGUGUGGAUCCUCAUCAGGACCUGCUGCCUAUUAUAGCGAAACAUCCACAGUCACAGUGACCGUAAAACUCUUCGGAUCGCCCCAAAUCCCAUUCGCUUUCAAACUCCGAUACAGAUUCGUCUCCAAAAGAGAAGCUAUAGUCCGAUUUGGCUCACCAGCAGCCCCGUUAGAACGUGGACAGGUUGCACCAGGCACCUACUGCACUAGGCAGUUCGAAGAGUGUUACAGAAAGCCGUGCAGACUUCAGUCUCCAAACUACCCUGGUAUGUACCCCAGGAAUGUUUCUUGUUAUUGGAGUCUACGACAGAAAUUUGUGCCCACUUGCAAACAUGCUAUGAUCGCAGUUCGACAGGAAGCAGCUCACAAAAUGCAUAUGAAACGAUCUAUCAACGUUGCCGGACUCAACAAAACGGCCAGAGCUCUGAGAGCAUGGAGAGACUGUACUGGAGAAAGAGAUCAUCUGAUUUUUUAUGAUGGUGGUUCUACUAAUGAUCCAGUUCUAGCAAAAUACUGUGGAGGUGACUGGCUCCCUAGGGUUGUUUCACGUGGUCCAGAGAUGCUAGUAGCAUUCCAUUCCUCACCUUUCAGUAUUCCUCUACAUUCACCUCCAUCUCAUUCUCCUUUGAGAGGAUUUGAACUAGAUGUAGAUGUGAUAUUUGCAGACUCAGACUCUCUGGACUAUUCAAGGCAUCCUUCGAAGUGUGAGUUUGAUGUAAAUGCCACCAGUCCUGACAGUGACGAGGUAUGGACUGGUAGAGGUAGAAAAGGUAGGCUCAUAAGUCCCAAACAUUCAUUACCACCAAAUACGACUUGCACCUAUAAGUUCAGAGGCUUUCCAGGUGAUUUGGUAUGGAUCAGUUUUAUAUCCUACAGUGAGAGAGCUCUAUUAGUAGGCGAGAGUACCCACGCUUUGCUGAGCAAUGGUUCUAUUGGAAAUGGCUGUUCUACAAGACUCAGAAUAUGGGACGGAAAUAACUUGAUUGAAGACAAAUGUGACGAACCCCCAAAAUUAUGCGAUCACACUGCUUUGAGUAACGCCACAAGACUGACAAGACCUUGUUCUGUGGAAGAGAGCUAUCUCUCUACAGAUAGAACUCUGGUAAUCCAGCAUCAUACUGAAGAUGGCACUGCCCUACACCCAGCGUCAUUCAAACUGAAGUAUGAGUUCGUUGAUACCAGACUUGGUGGUGAUUCGUGGCCCGAUAGAGAGGAAGUUGGACCUUGCCAUCGAAUCUUCAAGAAGGAACACGUUGGUGAAGUGACUGCGCCUAGAAAUAUAUUCCUGUAUGGUCGUGGUGGAGCUAAUAGUCUUAAUUGUGUAUAUAGAUUCGAAGCAGGUGUAGAUGAGAGAGUGAGAUUGAUACUGAACAAUGCAUCAUUUGGACUCAAUCCCAGUUGUGAAACCAUCAAUGACCCACAUUCAGCUAGACACAUGUGUGACCAUAUUUCAGAAAGCCAUACCUCUGAACUAAAUAUUUAUGAACGACCUUGGAAUGAUAUUCGUAUCCACAGAGCUUGCAUUUGUGAUAACUCUACGUUGUCCAGUAAAUCAAUUGUGUUCACAUCUUCUGCUAGAAAUCUAGAGCUUCAAUUCACUGCCAGAGACAUGAAUAUCACAGAAGACUUCACGGUUAUACAUUUUCAUAUACUUUUUGAGCUCAUCAAAAUGUCAAAUUGUCCACGGAAUCAGAGAUUACGUGGAUAUGGGGGAGAUAUUCAGUUCAAUAUUCCACCGAUAGAUCGAACUGAAAAUUUAUGUAUGGGGAUGCCUUGGGUGGUUGAAGCACGAUAUAACAGGAGCCUAUUCCUAUUGAGUUGGGGUGCUUUUCUUCCAUUGAAGCCAAGGGUUGAUGAACCUUCCCGUUGCCCUACAUCGAACAGAAUCAUGAUUUAUUCUGGUCGUCCUCCUAAGUUAGUAAGAGUUGUGUGUCCUGCAGAACCUGGUGCUCGACCUCUAGCAGUUCAUGUUUUCAGUGAGGAAUGGUGGGGUGAAGCCUUAUCGCAUAUCGUACAACGACCACCCAAUUUCCUAGUAGAAUGGGUGGGAUUUGAACCAGGUGUAGCUGCUAUCAGCUGGCUGGAGAUAUCAAGAUCCAGAUCAUCGUUGCUUCAACAGUUGCAAGUUCCCAUCAACGCCAGUACGAAUGAUACGGACCUUGAGUGCGCGUACAGGUGUCCGGAGUUAGAUGCGUGUAUAAGUGCUGCUUUAUGGUGUGACGGUAAAGAUCAUUGUCCCUCGGGCUAUGAUGAGUCCGAAGCCCAGUGUGGAGCUACCUCAAAACUCUUGAACUCUUUACCGCUGUCAGCCUUGGCUGCUGCAGCAGCUGUAAUAUCAUCAAUCAUUCUUCUUGUAUGCCUAACUUUGCACCGACUGCGUGCCAGGCGUCGCAGGAGGUUGGCAAAAAAGAAGUUACUAACAGGGCCAAGACUGUUAGAUCCAAGUUUGAAUUCUUGA